GAAGAAAGUCAAUUUGAAAGCAGAGUUGAUUUGUGAAACAAUUUCCCAAGCUUUAACCAUCUCACAUAAAAAAAAUAUAAUAAUAAUAUAUUACCCAAAAUUGGAAAGAGUCUGGCGCAGCUGCAAAUCUGCAGAUUAGGGAGGCAAAAAGAAAAAAACCCAGAAAACUUUUAGUCCAGUUUAAAGUUUUCCACAGGCUAUACUGGACACAAAUACUCUGGCCAGAUUAGACCAAUAUCUAGUUUUUAAACCUAAAUCCGAAAUGCCAUGUGUGUUUUCUGUCUCUACUGUGAAACAAAGUGUUGGAAGUAUCAUGCUGUGGGGAGCUGUUUUUGUUGUUGUUGCAGGGACAGGAAAGCUGUUCAGUGUUGAUGGGAGUUUCACUUUCCAGCAUGAUAUCAACCCUAAACAUAAAGAACAGAACUAAAUGGAACAGCUAAGAAAAAAAAAUUACUUGUGUCAAAAUGGUGUAGUUAAAGUCCAGGCCUAAAUCUAAUUGAGAAUCUUUGGUUAAUUUACUAUAUAAUUACUACCGUAGUAAUGAUACUAAUCAUUACUAUGUUUACUGUCAAAUAGUAAUGACGGUAAUGAUUACUAGUAAUCCAACACAUAAAAUACCAAAAACGGAGAUAAAAGUUGAGGAUGUUGAAAAGUUCUGCGAAGUGCUGUGUGAUAAACUCACCUGUCACAUCUCAUCUUGUUGAGGAAAUCACCUGGCUCUCAGCAGAGGCGGGUCUACCUUCCCCUGACUUUCCACACCAGUAGUUCUCCCACACAGCUGCAGCAGAACCCCGAAUGCAGUUCUUCUCUUAUUAUGCUGAUCCAGACUGAAGCUUUUCGAAUCAGAACCGUUCCUCCAGCCAGAAAACCCUUCAUCAAAGCUCCUCCACCAUGAACGGAUGCAACAACAUCUCAGUUUUGUCAUACAGAAGGUUCCAGCCUGUGGGGAAGGUGAGGCGGCGGGUUCAGGACCUUCGCAUCCCGUCGUCCUCUAAUUAUUGCGCCCAUACGGCCAGCGGAACCAAGCCGGACCUGAGCCACAACGAGAGCGCGCGGUUAGCGGCCGACUGCCUGCUGUCCCGGGGCCUGGACGGAUACCGCCAGGUGCUGCAGGCAGAGGGGGAGGUGGACUUCCUGUCAGAGCUGGAGAAGCUUUACAUCCUACAAAACGGGAGAGAUGCAAACACAGAGUAUGCAGACGACAUAGACAACAUGGAUAAAGAGUUUGUCAACCUGUUUGCCCAUUGUGAGUCCCAAACGAGCAGCGACUCCGCAGUGGAGUGUUUGGACCAGAAGAUCGAUAAAGCCCUAGAUCCCAGCCCCGAGGUGUUUCUCCAGUCUGACAGGACUGCAGCUGCCAUGAAAGAUCUGGUCAGACAGUUCCUCAGAAAGGCUAAACUGGUCUUGGCUGUAGUGAUGGACGCCUUCAGUGACCCGGAGCUGCUGUGUGAUCUUCUCGAGGCGAGCAGGAAGAGAAACGUGUCUGUUCACCUCCUGCUGGACCAUGUGAACAUGGAGGGGUUUGUCAGCAUGUGGCAGGAACUCAAACUCAUCAGCAGAAACUUCCCGAAGGUGUCGGUGCGAAGCGUCACAGGUCAGACCUACAGCGCAAAGACGGGCAGGAAGCUGACAGGUCAGAUAGCGGAGAGUUUUAUCAUCGCUGACUGGGAUGAGGUGCUGACUGGUACAUACAGUUUCACAUGGCUGUCCAGUAUGGUCCAUCAGAGUCUUCUGGUUCUCAUCAAAGGCGCCUCGGUCUCACAUUUCCAUCAGGAGUUCCUCAGACUUCACUCCAGCUCCAAGCCGGUCCCUGGAUUUGUCACUUUCAUCUCUCUGCCACAGUGUCUUUGCCUUUACUCCCUAUCUCAUGAGCAUCCAAACGGCUGUAACUGGAAAUCCCACAAUACUGUGACAGCAGCAUGUUCACGUGGAGAGAUUAGUCUACAUCCUCCUCAAGGCGAUAAGCAGCUCAGAGAGAAAAUACCUCCACAUCUGCCUCUGUGGCCUUCGGUUCAAACAGCAGCAGAGAGUGGAACAGGAGCCAAGACGGAGCUGCAGAAUCAGAACCAGAUUCACGGUCACCCUCAUCUUCCCGAUCAGACCUUCUCAGAUGUUCAGCUUCUCAACACCACUGUGAAGAAGAAUGCAGAGGUCCAAGAGCCGCGCAAUCUGAACGAUCUGUCCCUAACACACGGGCGGCAAAAUGUUCACCGUCAGUCAGGCUUAAAGAAGCAAAACAGCCUCGCUCUCCUAGAUGGGAGCAGCAAAGGAGUUUUCACUCUGCAAAGGAACAGAAACACGUCGGCAGGGUUCACACCAGACAUCCAAGCACAAAGAGACCAACUGGAUUCCUCACGAAUUGCUCACGCUAAGGUGGAACCUCAACUCCUCUCACCUCCGUUGUCACAGAAAACACGACCGAACCUCAGCCGUCAGGUCUCUUUCAGGAGCUCCAGGGAGUACAUGCCCAACCUCCAACCCAACGCCUUCAGAGGAACUAGCAAGCAGGAAGGGUUCAUGGAAUGGCAUCAGGGUCGUCUGAACUCGUCCUCUCACACAGUGACCUCUUGCUUUAAACCAUCACCAACAGGAGCAGGAACCGCUCUCGGUCCUCAGCAGCAGGCGGAGUCCAAUCGGUUCCUGUCAGGCGUAUGGGCCAUGAUGCAACCGCAUCCCGUCAGACUGCACUGGAGCCCACAGAAGGCUGCGCGACCCGGAGCGAUGGCUCGCUACAACUCCUUCAGCGGUGCACAUGAGACGGGGCAGGUAGGCUGGAGAACCCUGCAGAGCAGCAGCAGCAUGUUGCUGCGAAGGAGCCUGAGCCUGACGGACAGAAGCCCAGCAGGAUACAGAGGAGCAGGACUUCACCCUGUAUGAAUGCAUCCACAGUGCAAUGAAAAGCCCAUGAAGCAACAGAGCUCCACUGAACUGAGAGAUUCAAUCACCGAACAAGAAGCAGACCAAAAACAAAGCAAUGCAGAAAUCUGAAAUCAAAGAGAAAUUGUACGUUAAUUUUCAAAAUGCAAUAAACAUAAGGAAAAAAAAAAGAAAAUGUUCCAUUUCUUCUUAGCCCCUUUACUUUGAUACCGCUGGAUAGAAGCCACUGCCACCAAAAGCAUUUGGACGUCACAUUGCGUUAGUUUUCCACCACGUUAUUCUCCAUUCACAUGGUGAAACACGGUAGUGGCAGAAUUAUGCUUUC